AUGGCGGGGCCAGCAGUAGGAGCUGCUGACGGGCGCCAGGGCGCUCCACUCCUGUCGAGCUCAACUGACCGGGUCGGUUCUAGGUCCCUGAUCAAGCUGCUCCUCACCCUGGCCUGUGUGGCAGCCCUCGUCUCGCUUCCCAGCGCCUACAGAUACUGGCGCCGCACACCGACGGCGGCGCUGCCGGAUGGGAGAGUGCGCCUGGCAAUCCUGUCGGACACACACAUUGCUGGGCCAGAAUACCCCCUCAAUGGCGAAAAUGGCGCCCUCGACAACGCCUCCAUCACCAAGACCCAGCAGCGCCUGUUCCGAGUGGUUGCGGCCCUCAACGCAGUCAGCCCUGCACCCCAGCUGGCGCUGUUUGGCGGCGACAUUGUGCACAACGGGCUGGAGCGGCUGCGCAGCCUGGGCCUGAACGCCACCGGGCUGGCAAAGCUCUUCUCUGAGCCUGUCAAUGGCUACACGAUUGCCGGCGGUAUCCUCCAAGAGCUGCAGAUGGAGAAACUGUUUGCCUGGGGAAAUCACGACAAGCUGCUACAGUGCGGCGACCCGGCGUCCUCGGCCAGCCGCCAGCUGUCGGCGCACCUGCUGCGCCAUUACUUCCAUGCCGCUGGCGUGGACUAUGGGUCUCGCGACCUGGGGCCUCACUGGAAAGUGGUGGCGCUCAACUCGAUGCUAGGCUACACGUGGGAUCCUGCAGAUCCACGAUGCAAUGGCUUGAUGUCGUCCUACGGGGAGGAGCAGCUGCGGUGGCUGGAUGGGCAGCUGGCGGAAGGCAAGCACACCCUGAUCAUGAUGCACUUCCCCCUGCACACCUCUGUGCUCGGCGAGGUGCCCACCGAGGCUGGCUGGCGUGACCUGCGCACCGUGCUGACCGCGCACGACAAUGUGCGGCUGGUGCUGAGCGGCCACUGCCACAAGGGUAUAGACUGGCAGGACCUGUACGCCUUCCCCGCCUUCACCGUGCCCUCCACGCGCUACAGCGCCCAGAACUUCCGCAUCCUGGACCUGCACCCGGAUGGCAGUUUCGACACUGUGGACCUGGACAAGAACCGGGGCGGCUCCCGCUGCAGCGACUGGUGGAGCUACCAGGGCACCCCAAAGUUUGUGGCAAAGUGGCAACCCCGAGACGCCGGCGACUGCGGCUCCCCUGCUGCGGGCGAGGAGGACACCUUCCCGCUUUCUCCAGUCCUCUCCCCAAGCGACAUCCCUAGUCAGGACGUUUUCAAUCCAGAGCGCUCCUGCCAGUUUGUGCUGGCGCGGCAGGUCCUCCAGGCGUGUGCGGCGGGCGCCAGCCAGGACUGCUGCGAUGUGGUGGCCGACCAGUUCUACCUCUCCUCCUCCGCCCCCUUCUCCGCCUGUUUCUGCCAGCCCAGCUUCUGGCAGCAGUCUGUGGAGUACAUGCAAGAGUGGCACGGCGUCCAGCUGGCCGCCACCCUGCACCACUGCUUCGCCGACUUUGGCAAGCUGAUUGUAUUUCGAGGCGGGCCGGGAACCUGGUGUCCUGCCGCGGCAUGA